AACCGCCCUUCCCCCCUCCUACCCUUGUCGAUCUCGAACCCCGUCGGCCGGUCAUUUUAAAGCGACGCACCAUUCGCGGCCUUGGCGCUGAUCUUCCCCCGUGCCGAGCAUACGUCACUCUCUCGAGCAUCAGGUCUGGCAGUCUUCGCUCCAGGAAUCGAGAAACCUCGAUCAGACCUUGAAGGAGGUCGAGAAUCUUCCAACUGCAGCGUGAAGAGAACUUCGGCGUGGGUUCGUGAAAAAGAGGAGGGGAAACUGCGUCACGAGCGACGGAACAAACGGAUUCGUACACAGCUCUGACUCCUUCGCCGUCUCUCGAACUCUUGUUGCCUCGCUCCGGAUCUCAAUUCCCUGGUUACGACUUCGCCCUUGCUGCCCUUCGUGGGCAUUAUUUGGCCCUCGAUACGGAGCAAGGAUGGAUAUUCUACAGCGCCUCCUCGCGAGGGAUGAUAAGCCCAUAGAUCCUGCUCAAAUUCUCCUAGAACUCCUAUCAAGCCCCUUCUCCUCGCAAGCUGAGGUCCAACAAGAUGCCGUAUUUGCCGCGUUAGGCUCCUCACUAGGCGUCACAGCAGCUAUCGCCAUCUGCUUUUCCUUCCUCCGCCCAUACAAUAGCGUUGUAUAUGCACCGAAGCUCAAGCAUGUCGACGAGAAACAUGCCCCUCCGCCCUUGGGGAAAGGUGUUUUCGCGUGGAUCGUACCGCUGUGGUCGACAUCAGAGUUGGAUAUGGUCAACCUGGUUGGCAUGGAUGCCACCCUCUUUAUGCGCUUCACGAGGAUGUGCCGCAAUAUCUUCCUCGUCCUCUCGCUGCUUGGCUGCGCCAUCCUCAUACCCAUCAACUGGACCAACUGCGCCGUCGAGGAACCGCGGUGGCUGAUGCAAAUUACGCCUAUGAAUGUGUGGGCCUCUGCCCAUUGGGCGACAGUGGCCUUCGCGUGGCUGUUGACCGUUGUGGUUUGCGGCUUUCUGUGGUGGAACUACAGGAAGGUUUUGGAGUUGAGGCGCCUGUACCUGAAGAGCGAAGAGUACCAACAUAGCCUUCACGCCCGCACAUUGAUGUUACACGACAUCCCCAAGACCCUUACCUCGGACGAAGGCAUUGCCAGAAUUAUCGACAAGAUCGCCCCGAACUCGUCCUUCGCGAGAACUGCCGUCGCCCGUGACGUCAAGGUCCUCCCCGACCUCAUCGAGCAGCACGACAAGGCCGUUCGGAAGUUGGAAAAGGUGCUGGCCAUCUAUCUCAAGGAUCCGCACAACCUCCCGUCAGAGCGACCCAAGUGCCCACCGUCCAAGAAAGACCCCUCAUACGGAACGUAUCCGAAGGGGCACAAGGUCGAUGCCAUUGACUACCUCACGCAGCGAAUCAAGGUCCUGGAGCUGGAGAUCAAGGACGUUCGACAACGGGUGGACAAGAGGGGCUCGAUGCCGUACGGGUUUUCGUCCUACUCGGAUAUCGCCGAGGCGCAUGCCAUCGCCUACGCGUGCCGCAAAAAGAAGCCACACGGCGCCACCAUCAAGCUCGCCCCGAGGCCAAACGAUAUCAUCUGGGACAACAUGCCGCUCAAUUCGUCGACCCGGAGCAGGAGGCGACUCUGGAACAACCUUUGGAUAGCCGUUCUCACCAUCUUGUGGAUUGCGCCAAACGCCAUGAUCGCCAUCUUUGUAGUCAACCUGACCAACUUGGGGAGAGUUUGGCCUGCUUUCGAGAUCUCGCUCAUACAGAACCCCACCGUCUGGUCCAUCAUCCAGGGUAUCGCUUCUCCGGCGCUCAUGUCGCUCGUCUACCUCGUCCUCCCCAUCAUCUUUCGACGUCUGUCCAUCAAGGCCGGCGACCAGACCAAGACGGGACGGGAGCGCCACGUCGUAGCGAAGCUGUAUACCUUCUUCGUCUUCAACAACCUCGUCAUCUUCUCCAUAUUUAGUGCCCUAUGGGGUUUUACGGCAAGCGUUGUCCAGCAAACCGAGAAGGGCAUAAAUGCCUGGGAUGCCUUCAUGGACGCCAACAUUGGCCAGACUCUCUUCGUAUCCCUCUGCAUUGUUUCGCCCUUCUGGAUCACCUGGCUCCUCCAGAGACAACUAGGUGCUGCGAUUGACCUGGCCCAGCUCUGGGCCCUGCUGUCCAGUUUUGUCGUGCGCAAGUUUUCGAACCCGACCCCUCGCGAGCUGAUCGAGCUCACGGCGCCGCCCCCGUUCGAUUAUGCGAGUUACUACAAUUACUUCUUGUUUUACUCGACCGUCGCCCUCUGCUACAGCGCCAUUCAGCCGCUUGUUCUGCCCGCCGCCGCCAUGUACUUCUGCAUCGACGUGGCGCUGAAGAAGUACCUGCUCCUCUAUGUCUUUGUUACCAAGACGGAAAGCGGCGGCAUGUUCUGGCGCAUGCUGUUCAACCGCGUCUUAUUCGGGUCCAUGCUUUCUCAUCUCGUCGUCUUCUUGAUCGUCUGGGUUCGCGGCGAUGGCACCCACGUCCAGGCAUAUGCCGUCGCUCCUCUCCCCUUCCUCAUGCUCGGGUUCAAGUUCUACUGCGCCUACGCCUUCGACAACAAGAUGCAUUUCUAUACCACGAGGUAUUCCGCCCAGCAGCGUGCCGAGACCGGUUUCGACGUGAAGGAGCAGAGUUCGCGAAACGACAGGCUCGCUUCUCGCUUCGGCCACCCUGCCCUCUACAAGCCCCUCAUCACGCCCAUGGUGCACGCCAAGGCGCAGAACCUGCUCGCCAGUGUCUACCAAGGCCGGCUAAGCGACGGACGGGAUGCGGCUUACGAUGACUCUGUCACCGUCAGCGGCUACAGCGAUACCUACGCCCUCGACAACAUGUCAACGGGCAAAGCCGGCAAGCUCUCGCCUUCCGUUCCCGGCUUCGAAGUCGUGCCCGAAUCCCGUCUCGACUUCGAGUACUACAAAAACCGAGAUGAAUUCGCCGCGGAACACGGCGGAGGCGAUCUCUAUGGGCGACAUCCAGAUAUCAACCGCCCCGGUACACCAGGCACUCUCGGCAGCGGCCACUCCGACUCCCGCCCAGGCACGCCCCAAGGUGGGAUGGGCUUCGGCGGUGCCGGCAACAGGAGGACAUACUCGCAGUACCCGGACCCAUCCGUCGCCGGUUCGACCUACCCACACGGUUACAUGUCCCCGGCCCCGCAACUGGGCGUAGGCAGCAGUUACCCAGGCCAACCCCACUACGGCUCCGACCCGCCCUCCCGCGCCCGCAGCCCCAUGUAUGCCAAUGCCAACGACAGCGGCACCAACCUCGUCGCCGGCGCGGCGGGCAUGGCCGUGUCCACACCCGGCUACCCCCCGACCCCAAGCUCGUACAACUCACACCACACCCGGGACAUGAGCCUCGACCCGGGCCCGAUGCCGUCCGCCUCGAGCCGCCACUCGCCGAUCUCGGCCGGCGGCCUCGGAGUCGGCGGCAGCAGCCGCGCACCGGGCAUGCUCGGCGGCGGGCCCCACGGCUACGGCGGCCUGCCCCAGACCGACGAGAUGGACCUCAUAACCUCGCCGCCGCUGCUGGCGCCGUCGGCCCAGGACCCGGCCCAGUACGACUUCUUCCGCGGCGGCGGCGGCAGGAGUAACGACCGGAGUGGGACGCCGGGUGCGGCGACGAGGGGACCGGGCGGGGGCGGCCAUUUCCGGUAGUAGGCCCUCCCGAGGGCCUGCCAUGGCUAUGGGAGAGAGACUCGGUGGGAGUGAGGGAUGGGGAUAGGGCCGGUUCACGGGGCUACCCUAUCAUCGCGGUGGCAAAUGGCGCCGGAUCUUGGAAGGGGAAACGGAGCGGUGCACAAAUGUGCUUUUUGAUCUUUGCGAUUUUCUUUUUCCCCUCGCAUUGGCGGCAUGGUUUUGGCGUUGGGAGGUUUUGGUUGCGCUGCAUGGGUAUGCCGCUUUGCCGUUGUUUGUUUGGUACAUUACAUUACAUCACGGGCUGGCUAUCUCGGUGAUUUGGCAAUGGCACACUUUUGUUGAUAGACGACAUGUUUGGUAGGUAGAGGAGUACUGCGGUUUGGUGGUAUCUACGUACAUAUGUACAAUUUUGUAAUUGGAUCGUGAGGGCGGCUUUGGCUCGUCGCGGGAUAUGGCUUCUUUUUACGU